UGACAAACGUCAUCCGCAGUGAAGGGAGAGAAGGAAAAAAAAGGUCCAUCAAAAAUCGUUCGUGACAGUGCGCGAGCGAAAAGAACCAAGUCGGUCGGAUUUCGAGGUUUUGCGUGAAAAUUUCCGACCAAAUUUGCCCCCAAAGGUUUCGAGAGCUAUUUCCGGGGCCUUCCGUGUGCUUCGUUUGCCCGCUUCUUCCCGUUAUGUAAUGCCCUGUUGAAGGGUUUGUUUUGAUUUGAGCCUUCGAAAGUUCGCAGAACGGUUUUUUUUUUAUUUUUCUGGGGAGGAUUUUCGCAAGAGGAAAGAGGAAUCGGAUCUCAUCCUCCUCGUCCUCCCCCUUCGAUGGAAGUUACGGCAGAGGAAACGGCAGUGGCAGUGGUGGCAACAGAAAAUGGGUUGGAAUCGACGGCGACCAGCGGCAGCAAAAAGAAGAAGGCGAAAAAGAGAAACAAGUCUAAAAAUAUCGGCACAAAUCUGAGUCCGGAGCAGCAGCCAAAUUCAGCCGAAAUUGAUGUAAAUAGGACUAGCACUAGUGGGAAGCGGCUGCAGAAUGGUCUUCUGGAGGAGGACGCGACGACGACGCACGAAAACUCAGUAGAUAAAGUUAGUGAAAAGCUGGACCAAGCACUGCAAUUGAAUAGUAAUAAGACCAAGAACGGGCUGACCAACGGGACCGUGUCCGGUUGCGAGGAGCACCAUCCGGAGGACGGCACGACCACCUCGAACGGUGCCGUGAGCAAGAAACGGCACCGGAACAAGCAUAAAUCCAAAUCCCAACCGCCGGUGGCCGACGUCGCCGUCAGUGGGAACUGCCAAGAAUCGUCGCUGCCCCCCGUCGUCGCUGUCCAGCACUGCCCGGCCAAACCGGUAGCGGAGCCCGUGCCGCCAGUCCCCGAGGAACCGCCCAAGCCCGCCAUCGAUUAUCGGGAGUACGAGUCGGAGCUGCAAAUGCCCAGCAUCAUGGCGCUGAUCCAGAAGGACCUGUCCGAACCAUACUCGAUCUACACCUAUCGGUACUUUAUCCACAACUGGCCCCGGCUGUGCUUUCUGGCGCUGCACGAGGGCCGCUGCGUCGGGGCGAUUGUCUGCAAGCUGGACAUUCACCGCCAGAAUAUCCGCCGGGGCUACAUUGCGAUGCUGGCCGUCGACAAGGACUACCGGAAGCUCAAGAUCGGGACGACGCUGGUGCAGAAGGCGAUUCAGGCCAUGCUCGAGGACGACGCCGACGAGGUCGUGCUGGAGACGGAAAUCACGAACCGGCCCGCCCUGCGGCUGUACGAGAACCUGGGCUUCGUGCGGGACAAGCGGCUCUUCCACUACUAUCUGAACGGGGUGGACGCGCUGCGGCUCAAGCUCUGGUUCCGAUGAAUGCGGUCAACAGUGAGGCCACUUCUUGUACUACUCGUAACCCGUAUCAACAACUCAAUGUACUGCUGCUAGUUUAAACCGCGUGUGGUUCCAGGAUUCUUCGGAACGCAAAAGGGCAAUUUCAUGAUAGAGUCGUGACGUUAUCUCGAUGAAGCUGGAUAGCAAAUCGAAUCGAGGGUCAACACACACACACACGCACGCGAUGUGGAAUAAAGCAAAACCAAGGUUCAUAAUUUAUGUAGAUGUACUUCGUUUUCUUCUUAUUUUCUUUGUAGCGGCUGAUAUUUGUGUCUACCAGACAAGAAGACGAAAUCAUGUAACAAAUUGUACUAGACUUAUUCAAACUAACAAAUUCAUGCGUGGCGGAAAAGGGAACCGGAAGCUUAAAAUCAGCAACUAUUAUUUAUAUUUCACAACAACAACAAAAACCUAUAUCAAAACAAGCGACAUUUGCCACGAGAAACUUGAUUUUACACUAGAUUAGAAAACAAGAAAAAAAAGAAACAACUCAAAAAACCAUUUUGUGGUACGAAUGUUACCAAAUCACUCCCUGGUUUGUGAGGCUUUUAGCGUUCAGUAAAAGAAGUAAAGCAAAACAUUUCAAAUUGAUGGUUCCUUAUUUUAACGGCCAGACUCCAGUUCUCUUUAGUUGGAAGAUUUGUAAAAGGGUCAGUGUCCCGACACUUUUGUUUGUUUGUACCGAAUAAAAAAAAAAUGAUGGGGAACGAGCUGAAGUUCUUGUACUAAAAAAA